UGGAGUGGCACACGAUGCAGCGCGAACUGGCGUUCUGGACAUUCAGUCCGAACACACUUCCAAUCGCUCUUACACACGGGGGGCCAGCGGGAAGGCCGCCAUCUGAAGCUCGAGGACGGCAAUCAGUUGCCCAGUUCUGCUGUCUUCGCAUUUCCUUCGUGCCCCGCAAGCCUCAGCCCGUCCAGCCCUCGAGAUCGCUAGUGUCCGGCCACCAUGGUGACGUUCAAAAUGGACGGCAGUACGACGUACUGCUACUACAUCUCGGACAAGUACUCGCAGGAGCAACCCGUGGAGGACGACGUGUUGGUGCAGGACCAGGGCAGCUCGUGCCCCAUUACCGUCCGCGUGGAUAUUGCCGACGAGCUCGAGAAGAACUCGCUGAUUCCGCUGCGCUACACUGCCACGCUGGACACGUCGUCAGCCGACCCCAACUUUGAAUUCCCGGUCCCUAUUGUGCGCGUACCCGUGCCUGACUAUCUUCUCGGCCACACGAACGCUUCGGCUGACACCUCUAGCAGCACAAACGAGACCACAUACGACAUUGCCGUGGCCAAUGUAGUCAUGUGUGACUGGCGCUCGUGCGAUCUCUUCUCUACAGCAAGUGAGAGUUCAACGUACUACCCUUCGAGCAACAACCCGAACGAUUUCACCGACAACGUGGCGGUUUUCGGCUCUGAGGAGCUCGUUAUCCCCAAGGACGGCAAAUACACGGGAUAUGUGCAUCUCGUGGUUAACAUCGCUGGUAACUCGCGUGCCGACUUCGUGACGUUCUUCCCCGUUCAAAUUGGAGACGUCGCUGGUACUACUCCUAGCAGUAUUACCACGGAUGGUACCACCACGUACUGCUGGACGUCCAAAGACGUGUCUGUGUUCGACCCCAGCGUUUCCGGAGAUCUCACCAUUCGUACCGGUGAAUACUGCCCUGGUUCGAUGUCAAUGUCGCUCUCGUCCACUGAAGUUAACGUCGGCGAUACGAUUGAUAUCGCGUGGAUGCUGGACAUGACAGAUUCGUCUACAGAUGACUCAAUGCUAAUCGCUGAGGUCUCGUCGACGGAUGCUAUUAAGAACCCACGAACCGAUGUUUACUCUGUUGUGCCCGUGUCAGUCUUCAGCGGCUGUCAGCGAAAUUUGGCUGGUGCUAACUGCUCAACGUACACGGGUGAUGAAUCAUCUACAUUUGCUAUCGCUGAAUUCGACGAUAUGAACCUCACAAGUGACGCCGUCAGCUAUUCGACGAGCUACACGUUCGAAAACUCGGGUCAAUACACCAUGUUCGGUCGUGUUGCCAUGGUGACUGUGGAUGGAGAGCGUAUUGACAUGGCUAUCUACUCGAGUGUGACUGUAUCUGUUGAUGGUGGUAGCGGCGGCAGCAAUUUGUUCCUUUACGUUGGUAUCGGUAUCGGUGCAGCCAUUUUGUUGGCGGGCAUGCUCUUCUGCUACAUGAAGAAACGCCGCAAUAAUGUGAGUACAAAGGACGUCCCAUUCCGACAGCCCGUGAGCGGAUUGGACCGUGCAAGCGACUACACUAUGGCGUCUUCGAACUUCCUGUCACACAAAACACCGGCACAGUUGCAGGGUCUGGAUAUGAGCGGUGACUACAGCGCUAACAACGCUGCUCCGUCCUACCUUGCAGUUAACGCUGCGGAUAGCGGCGUAUUCGACAAAACGAUUCGCGCAGAGCCCGGUCAGAUGGCUGCAUCAGUGGAAAGCAGUGAAUCAUUCUCGCUAAACCCGUACGACCGUGCCAGUUUUGCAGGAUUAAGUGACGAUGUUUCGAGCUCGAGACCUUCAGAUACCAGCAAGUUCUCGUUCCAGUCUGGUUAUGAUGACGAGUCUGAGUGGGAAUAUGAUACCCGACAGCUCGGAGGUGUUGACAGGGGCAGCGACUUUAGUGACUUCUCGUCGGAGCCAGGCACCAGCUUGCCUGCUGUUGGAACGUACGAAAUGGGUCGCGCUACCAACAUGCCCAUCCUGGAGGAGGACUACCUGGAUGAGCCCCACGAUUUCAGCAAGGACCACCAGCCGAACCAGUCAAGCUCUACAAUCGACCCGCGCAGUACAACCAGUUCGGGUUGGACCGUGAACUAAACACGAAGUGAGGACAUGGGUGAGUGAUGUCGUGUUACGAGUUUUUAUUAUUAUCAAGGCGAGGUGAAGUGGAACGAGCUUGUAGGUGAUGUGAUCAAACUGGUUGUCGUUGGCCAUGACGAAGCCGGUGAGCGACGUCCCAGUUUGUGCCUCCUGCUCUCCAUUACUUGUGAGGCAAAUUAGAGAUCAUCAAAGUCUAAUGUUACGUGCGAUUUCAUCUUACUCUUUGAAUUCAUGAUGUCAUCCAGCAAGAUUGAACUCGAACUUCUCUCCAACUUCACUUCAUACUAUCUGACUAAACAGCGAUGUGGGCGUGGUCGUCUGACCCGUGCAUCGCCGGUGGGCUGGCUAAUUCGUCGUCUGCUUCUUCGAUGGCUCCGUAGGCUUCUGGCUGGAUAGACAGUAAUACAGCUCGAUCGGUGGCCGACGUUGAAGACGGCGCAGUGUACUGAGACGGGCGUUCAUUUGACGAGUACGACGAAGAUACCGAUCCGUGCCGGUUGCGACCUCGAUUCACAGUCUCAAC